UUAGUUAAACAAGUCUGUGCAAGUUGAGCCAAAAUAAUUUCAGGUAAAGGAAACUUUAUGAUAGCAAAGAGGUAGUACGUACAUGCCUCUUUUUGGGUUGAUUUUGCCAAGCGUCGUUUUACCUGAUUGCAACUGUAGUACUCCGCUAACCAGCAAUGAGCAAUGUUCGAUGCUCAUAAUUUGUAAUAAUUUGUCCUAGCUGCGCAGGGAUAUGCUCAUUAAUACGAAUAUAUUAAUUUAGUCAUUCGUAAACAAUCAAUCAAUUCAGUCAAUAACUUUUGGAAAGAAUUUUUGUGAUAGUGAUCGUGUUAAGAACAAAUGGCAAAAAUACGCUUUGCGAAAGUAACCUAUUCUCAGCAAAAGAAAUUGCUGAAAUUUGUAGAGGAUUAUCCUCGAAUGAUGUCGAAAAAAUUUAAUGAUAAUUUUACAUUAACAAACUACGAAACAGUGUGGAAUGAUUUAACUGAAAUAUUAAAUGCCGAAAAUAAUUCUAACGUUCGCACUUCGGAAAAGUGGCAAAAGACUUUAUCUUCGUGGUUAUCGAAGGCACGGAAGAAGUCUGAAGUUACUUUAACCAAUCUAGAAAAAAGACUUCUCUCAAUUAAUGGUGGUGAUGAAGCGAAUGAUGCUCAGGCAGUUGCUGUCACUGCACCUCGAAGGCAAAUUAAAGAGCCUAUGCCAUCAUCUAAUGUAAAGAACACAUCUAAUAAAGAAAAACUUGCUGGGCCUUCAAAAAGGAAGCAUACAGUGCCCGAUCAGAAAGAAACCAUCAAUAAAAAAAUCAGAAGCAGAAUAAAAUUCCUCAAAGCCAACAAAAAGAUGCUAUAAGAUCUAAAUCUUAGGCGUGGAUGAAGGCGCGGCGUGAAUUGGAGACAGUUUUUUGAUGAUUUCUUUUGAUCGAGAGGAAGCGAGAGAGAGAGAGAGGGAGGGAGGGAGAGAGGCCCCUUAAUGAACUCGUGGUCGUUUUGGCACCAGGGAGUCAGGCGUGUAAGUGCAAUUGUUAAGGUCGGUAGCACAAAUCGAAUGUUGACUUUAACGAGCAAACUCGAGCACUCGUUAUUGCUGGAGCAACGACCCGAGGAAAAGGGCGAUAAAUUAAAGGAGCUUAUCGACGAUCGUUCGCGCAAACCAGGCAUGCAGAUGCUGCUUGCUACUUCUUCUCGCUGCACAACAGCGGCAGCAACGAGAUGACUCUCCGACUCCCAACCAUCUCUCUACGACUAGAACGACAUUGCCAUCAAUCUUUUUCACCUAGUAAAAGGCAUCGGGAACAGAUACCAUCAUAUUUUUCAAACUUCAUUUCACAUUCAA